AGGGUUUAAAGAUGGGCCUGCCUGUCCCUGAAAAACCCUAUAAAGAGGCCGUUCCAAACCCUCUUCCGCCCUUUGGCUGCCGCUCCAGAAAAACAUCAAAAAAACGAAAAAAAACAAGGGUUUCGAUCUGCUCUCGCAUAGGCAUCGAAGGCGAUGGCCCCCAAGAGAGGUGGAAAAGCCCCAGUACCAGCCAAGAAGAAGCCUGAGAAGGUUGUGAAUCCACUAUUUGAAAAGCGUCCAAAGCAGUUUGGAAUUGGUGGUGCAUUACCACCGAAAAGGGAUUUGCAUAGAUUUGUUAAAUGGCCAAAGGUCGUUCGUAUUCAAAGACAGCGGAGGAUUCUGAAACAACGAUUGAAGGUCCCUCCAGCUCUGAACCAGUUUACGAAAACCCUUGACAAGAAUCUUGCAACAAAUCUUUUCAAGAUGCUACUCAAAUAUAGACCUGAAGACAAGGCUGCUAAGAAGGAAAGGCUUCUGAAACGAGCACAAGCUGAAGCUGAAGGGAAGACUGUGGAGGCAAAGAAGCCCAUUGUUAUCAAAUACGGCCUCAAUCACAUCACCUACCUUAUCGAGCAGAACAAGGCUCAGUUGGUGGUGAUUGCUCAUGACGUGGACCCAAUUGAGCUUGUCGUCUGGCUUCCCGCUUUGUGCCGGAAAAUGGAAAUUCCUUACGCAAUCGUGAAAGGAAAAGCUCGUCUGGGAGCGAUUGUCCACAAGAAAACGGCCACUGCCCUGUGUCUGACAUCAGUAAAGAAUGAAGAUAAAAUGGAAUUCAGCAAGAUUGUGGAGGCAAUCAAGGCUAACUUCAAUGACAAAUUUGACGAGCACCGCAAGAAGUGGGGAGGCGGCAUCAUGGGUUCGAAGUCUCAGGCCAAGACCAAGGCAAAGGAGAGGCUCUUAGCCAAAGAAGCAGCACAAAGGAUGAACUGAUCAGCCACAGAGCAUGAAGGGGAUGAGGACAGAGGUUCUAGUAAGAUUCGGUAGUGUUCAUUUUAUAUUUUAUACUUCCAUUUUCGAUCUUGUCAGCUUUACAUUAUUGGAAUUUUGUUUCAGUUUCACUGCAAGUAAAAGACCAGACAUCUUCGUUUUGGAUACACCCCUUUUCAGAUCUGAAGAGCAUCUGUAGUUGGAUUUGUUAUUUGAGUGAGCUUGUAUUCUUCAAUGAACCACUUUACAUCUUUCUCUA